UUUCGGUAGUAUAAAUAUACUAUAAAGCAACCAAUUAACUAGCUAGGCCAUCAAGCUUAAUUUCCCCCUCUUUGGUUUAAUUUCCCAAUACCUUUCUUUCUUGAUGUCCCCUAUCGAGCUUCUCUUUAAUAUGUUUAUCUUUUGCAGAUCGAAAAAAAAACAAGACGAUCGAGUUAAAGAACUCGAUAAAAAAAUCACGAAUUCGGGCGAUAGUAACAUACCCAAAAACUGGAGGCUUCUCAGUGGAGAACAAAACUGGGAAGGAUUGUUAGAUCCUCUAGACAUUGAUCUCCGUCGAUACCUAAUUCACUAUGGAGAAAUGGCUCAGGUAACCUACGACACCUUCCUCUCCGAUAAGGUAUCGAAAUACGCAGGGAGUAGCCGGUACGCAAAGAAGGAUCUCUUCGCUAAGGUGUUCCUAGAGCAAGGCAAUCCGUUCAAGUACAGCGUGACCAAAUAUUUGUACGCAACAUCCUCGGUCCCUCAGCCCGAAGCGUUUAUUUUCAAGUCCCUGUCGAGGGAGGCGUGGAGCGAGGAGUCCAACUGGAUGGGGUACGUUGCGGUGGCCACGGAUGAGGGGAAGGCGGCUCUCGGGAGGAGAGAUAUUGUUGUUGCUUGGAGAGGGACGGUCGAGGCGUUGGAAUGGGUAAAUGACUUGGAAUUCAAUUUGGUUUCUGCUUCGAAAAUACUAGGAGAGGAAAAUGAUCCAAAGGUGCAUCAGGGGUGGUACUCCAUCUACACUUCUGCUGAUCCAAGAUCACCAUUCAAUAAGUCCAGUGCUAGAGACCAGGUUGAGACCGAGAUCAAGAGACUUGUGGAACAAUACAAGGACGAAGACAUCAGCAUAACCGUUGUUGGACACAGCUUGGGAGCAGCGAUCGCAACCCUAAACGCAGUUGACAUAGUUGCCAAUGGACUGAACAUAUAUAGAGGUCAACCAAACAAGGCCUUUCCAGUAAGAGCCUUUGUGUUCGCAAGCCCUAAAGUCGGAGAUUCUGGCUUCAAAAAGGUGUUCGACGGACUAAGUGAUCUUCGAGUCCUACGCACUCGCAAUGCCUUUGACAUCGUCCCGGAUUAUCCUUUCAUCGGUUACUCAGAAGUAGGCGAAGAAUUGAAGAUUGACACGACGAAAUCCCCGUACAUGAAGAGUCCCGGGAACCUGUCGAGUUGGCAUAAUUUGGAGGCGUACUUGCAUGGAGUCGGGGGAACGCAAGGAUCGAAAGACGGGUUUGAGUUGGAAGCUAAUCGCGAUAUCGCGCUUGUUAACAAGUCGUUGGAUGGGUUGAAAGAUGAAUACGGCGUACCCGGAUCGUGGUGGUCCGUGCAGAACAAGGGGAUGGUUCAAGAAGCAGACGGGUCUUGGAAGUUGAUGGACCAUCAGAUGGAUGAUGGUUUCUAAUUAAACAUUAGUAUUAUGGUGUUGUUAAAUUUCCGAGAUAAUAUGUUUGUACUAAUUUCAAUAAUUAUUUGCCUUCUGGGAGAUGUUUAGGUAAAACAACAAAAAGUCACAUUCAGUUUUAUUUGUUAAUUAUUAUAAAUUAGGUCAAUAAACUUGGUUUGUGGUUGUGUAGAAUAUCUUAUUGGAAAAGACAAUACUCUAGCUCUAUCUUGAUAAAUUUUUUUCUGGAUAAAAA